UGGCUGGAACAUGGAGCGUGUUUGUGUCGUGGCCCACUUGCACUUGCGAUGGGCGGGGCUUAACCGCUCUGUCUAUUAAAAGUGACACCGUCAAAUUUAACCAGACACAUCUUCAUUGCGAGUCGAGUGUACACCUCAACCAUCGCUGCAAUGACACUAAUGAACAAGUCUUCAGAUAUUGGAAUGGAAAUGUUUGACCAAAGCAAACAGUCUAACAAGAAUGCAGUGUUUUGGCGUUGGUUUGUGGCAGGGACACUGCUGAACCUGUGCAUCACAUCGGUCCUGGUUGGCCUGACUGUGUUCUACGUCCACACGGAGCUACAGUCAGUAAAGCAACGAAUAGCGAGCAACGAAGAGCGUUUGUCAUUAGUCGAGAGGGCCAUGCCACAAGAAAAUAAUGACCCGACUUCGACAAAUGCCCAACUGCGAAUUCGAAGGGACCAAGUGCCAGUUAGCCACAACGCGGACCAAAAUCUGACGUUUCCAUUUCGACGGGACAUUGGGCCUUUUGUAUAUGGAGGCUGUCGUGAUGGUAGGGACGGACGUGAUGGACGAGAUGGAAUUCAGGGCCCAGCAGGCCAGCCUGGCCCACAAGGAGUCAAAGGCGAACCGGGCUUACCAGGUGCUGCUGGAAUUCGAGGACCUCCUGGCAAAGCCGGACCCAGAGGGCCAAAGGGAGACUCAGAGGACACGGAGCCAAGUGACCACCAUGACAACAUAAGGGUGUCAGGGGGAGAGACUUACAUCAGAUGGGGGCGCACUAUUUGCCCCAAUCACACAGGCACGGAACUGGUGUACGCAGGCUUCGCAACCGGUGAGCAUUACACCCACAAAGGCGGCUCCGUGGAUUUUAUCUGCCUUCCCACUGAUCCUGACUGGGCGGCAUCUUACAACGACGGGUGGAACUCGCUAUCUCAUCUGUAUGGAACAGAGUACGAGGUAAGCAACUACGAUCCCUUCUCCCACGAGAACGCCGAGGUACUUCACGACCAUGACGUGCCGUGCGCCGUGUGCCGUCUCACGGACCGCGGGACCCAGCACCUGUUCCCAGCCAAGCUCGGCUGUCCUGAGAACUGGACGGAGGAGUACAGAGGCUUCCUCAUGUCUGGACAUUACACCCACGAGCAGCGGUCCAAAGCUGUGUGCGUGGACCAAGCCCCGGAGGUGGUCUCUGGCAGUCACGCUAACCAAGACGGAGCACUGUUGUACAUCAUAGAGGGGGCCUGCGGGUCCCUCCAUUGCCCCCCGUACGUCAACGGGCGUGAAAUAACCUGUACCGUCUGCAGCAUCUAAGGCGGCUGACAUGUCACUCUAUAGUCGAUAGUAUUGUGCCGACGUCUGGGAAAUGAUGACUGGAAGCGGACUUCAUGGUCUAGAGUAACAUUAUUUGCUGUUUGUCUCUUACUGCAUUGAUGUGCACUUGCUCAGUUGUCAUGCUUGCAGUUAUCAUGCUUGUAAUGCUUGUCACUUGCUUAUAGUUAUCAUAUAGAUAUAGAUUGGGAGUUCGUUCAGAUCCCAGCAAACAAUUUCUGAAAGCCUGAGUGUGGGCUCCUUGCACAAGCACCCACAACGAUUAUUAUUUUAGGUAUGGCAGACACCCAUAGGAGGGCGCUGUUUGAUUUGGUUAAAGUCUUUUGUAUUUACCCAAACCAAAUAUCGCCCUCUAUUGUGUCGGCCAUAUCUUAAAUAGGCCAUGAAGAUUAAGAUU